AUGGUGAUUAGUGCCGCUUCCGACGCUGUGAAGUGCAGGAUGUUUCUAGCUACGUUCAAAGGCACAGCCAUGGCGUGGUUUACCACGCUACCCCGAGGAUCCAUCACUAAUUUCCGUGACUUCUCAUCAAAGUUCCUUGUCCAGUUUUCCGCCAGUAAAACCAAGCAGGUGACAAUUAAGGAUCUCUACAACGUCCGCCAAUCCGAGGGCGAGACUCUGAAGCAGUAUGUAAAACGAUUCAGCGCGGCAUUAGUCAAAAUUGAGGAGUCAGAGCCGCACGCCUGUGCGCGUGCCUUCAAGAACGGGUUGCAGCUGGGGAAGCUGAAUAGCAAGUUGAGCCGCAAGCCGGCUCGGUCCAUGGCGGAGAUCCGGACGUGA